UCAGCCGGUAAGUCGGUGUUUGCCAGUGACAGCCAUCCCUUAAACCCUCAGGACCCCUGCAUUGUCCACCUCGUCAUCACAUCUGUACAUUUGUUAUGACACUGCGUGAUGAAGCGGAAAGGAAACGGCGUUUAGGAGUAGUCUACAUGACAGCUGUGCAACAGGCAACUGGGCUGCAAACUCACUGAAGGCUCAUCGGCUUUGGAGGAACUGUUGCACACACAAUCCCGCUGCGAUGUCCCUGCUGUGUGUCAGAGUGAAGAAAGCGCAACUACACGGGCCUCCAGACAAGUUUAACGCCUAUGUAACUUUAAAAGUGCAAAAUGUGAAGAGCACCACCAUCACAGUCCGAGGGUGUCAGCCAUGUUGGGAACAAGACUUCAUGUUUGAGAUCAAUCAUCUGGAGUCAGGUCUGGUGUUGGAGCUGUGGAAUAAAGGUUUGAUCUGGGACACUAUGAUCGGCACAGCACUGAUCCCCCUGGACACCAUUCGACAGUCUGACGAGGAGGGACCAGGAGAGUGGACGUCGCUUGACUCUGAGGUGUUAAUGAGGGAGGACGAGAUCUGUGGUACCAGCAACCCAACUCCACACCAAGUGCUGCUGGACACCCGCUUCGAGGUGCCCUUUGAUAUCCCAGAAGACGAGGCUCAGUACUGGACCAGUAAACUGGAGCGGAUCAACACCAUGCGGAUACAUGACGAGUAUCCACUGCAGGAAGAGGUCCAGAGAAGACAAAUGGCAUCUGUUCCCUCUCAAUGCUGCAGUUGGAGUUAUUUUGGAUGGAAUGACCAGCAGACUUUCGAUGACCAUGACAGUGCAGUGGAUGACCGUGAUAGUGACUACCGCAGUGAAACUAGCAACAGACCUCCACGGUUCCACAACACCUCCCAGACAAAUUCAUCAGUGCACCAGUACCCUAUAGGACGCAGGGUCCAACAUCAAACCCUGUCAAGGGAGGCUGACUCUAUACAAAGCUAUGAGCUAGACUAUAGAGAAAUGAGGGGGCCCAGACGAUCAAACAGUCAGGGUGGAGUAAAGAUAAUCCCUGUCGACUCAGGAAUGGGUGUGGAGGAUUGGGAGAACAAAUAUAAAGUGCCUGACUCAGGUGUCUUGGAUGAUUACUUGGACGCUGAGCAGAAAAUGUGGGAGGACGAAGAUAAAAGCAUCAUCUACCGGCUCAGUGACAACCCUUGUGAGUCCAAAGGUAGCAGGUUCUAUCAGACAGUAGAAUGUGACGCACUAUCCCCUGAAGAUAUGGAGGAGGCAAAGGACAGGGCUUACAGACAGAGAAAUGGCUUUUGUAGUGGAGAAGUGCGGUUAGUUUAUAAGGAAGCCGGCAGCUUUGAGGAUGAAUCGUCCCCUCCUGAGAUUGAUAUAAUUCCCUCUGUCAAACAGCUACAACAGCAGACAGACAGAAAAGGUCUACUUUACAAGACCAGACUGUGGGCCAAAACUGCCUUAGAGGACACACUUGAGAACUAUGCUGCUUUUCGUGAGGAUGAGGCUGCUCGGGAAGAGGCUGCAAGGAUCAGGGAGAGGGUUGAAUAUGGCUCUAUAGGUUCGGAUGAGAUGCAGUAUUCCUUUGGAUCUGAGGAGGAACUAGAUGACCUGACAUUCACUGAGGGGGAUGCUAGUUAUGAAUAUGAAAAUUACUACUACCCUAGCAAAUAUAUGUCACCUUUUGGAGGACAAUGCUAUUCAAGCAAAGGGAGAACAGGUCAUGGACAAUAUCCAAUGUUGUCUCCUGAAGAGGAGCAAAGGGAUGAAUAUGUAGAUGCAAUGGAUGAACUUCAUAGCUUAGUUCACUCAGUGUCUGAAUACCUGGCUGUAAAAGAGGAGGAAAUAAACAGCUAUGAAUCAAUGCCUAAACCAAUAAGAAGAAAACUCCCAGCACUGCCAACAGAUGCUGAAAUUGUGCAACCUAAGGACAGUCAUAGCAUUGAAGCCAAAACUGAAGUUAAAGAGGAUAGUGCUGUUGAACAGGGCAUAGCUGGAGUAAAGAAUGCCAUGAGUUCAUUACUCAGUACAAUCACAGGAUCAAAGUCUACAACUGAGGUGGAGGUCUCUGCCACAACUUCAUCCCCCCAACCACCACAGGCAGACUCUGGUAUUUUAAAACUGCUCUCUUUAAUCCCUAAAGCUAGUACUGAAGCCACAGAUACCUCUGGUACCACUGCAACAGAUCCACCUACCUCCCAGGCAUCACCCCAACCUGUGUCUGGUAUUUCAAAGCUGCUUUCGUUUAUCCCCAAAAGUGGUGUUACUUCUCCUCCAGUAGCCAUAGUUCCUCCUGCCCCUCAGGAGCCCACAACAGAAAAAAAGUUUUCCCUUCAGUCUCUUUUGCCAUUUCAGUCCUCUGAAUCCAGUCAGCAAACUGACACUGGUCAAGGGCCAACACACAUUGGCACAGAGGCACAAGACAGUGCAACCACUGCUACUCAAUCUACAUCUGGCUUUGAAUCUAUGUUGGGAAGGCUUAGUCCUUUGAGACUUUUUUCCAGUUCACCGUCAUCCAGAGAGCCAUCACCUCAGCCAUCAGAGCAAAGAAGUGCAACUACUACAAGCAAUGAAUCCCAACAAGGGUCCGUAAACAGAUCCAAGAGUCCUAAUAGUGAGGGCUUGCAAACAGAGCGACAGUUAUCAGGUGAGACAAGACCAGGUUCGGGAAGUGGAUCAGUUGAUCUAUUGCCAGAUACAGGAAGUGGAUCAAUUGAGCUUUUGCAAGAAUCCGGAAGUGGAUCAGUAGAGCUUCUUCCAGAGACAGAGUCAUCAGGUGAGCUACCUGAUAUUCAGCAAAGAAGAACUUAUGCAAUAUCUGAACCAAAACCUGAAAGCAGUUCAGAGGAAACAGGAUUCUUCAGUCCUUUUAAAAAUUCUCUCUCUACCCUCAUAUCAACAGUUCCUCCUGACAAUUCCUCACAGACUGACAUAAAGCCUGCAGAUGAGUCAUUUUUAGGCGGCAAACUUAAAAUUCCAUUUCUCUCUUCUGAAAAUAGUUCCACAACAACCCCACCAAAAACAGAAGGAGGCAUGCUCUCUGGGAUUCUUAAGUUUGCAUCUGGUGAAGAUGCCAAUGCCCCGCCAAAAAGUCCAUCCCCCAGUCCUGCGAGAAUUCCUUCUCCAAGUCGGGCUGCACUUUUCGAAAGUGUACCAAAAGGAAACACAGAAACUGGCUGGUUUUCAAACCUGUUUAAGGUAGCCCCAAGUGAACCUUCUAAGGAACCUAAAAAACCACAAAUUACUCCCACCGUAAUGCUAACCAAAGCAAGUGGUCAAACUGAGCCACAUACUGAACAAAUGGUUCCUAAAACAAAGGAAAGCCCUGUUUGCAGAAUAGAACUAUUGUCUCAUGAGCAAACACUGUCUGAAAACGAUCCCCAAUGCAAGACAGAUGUCCAGCCUGAAGCAGAUGUCACAUCUAAAGAGCAAGUUCUACCAAUGCCUGUGGAACAUACCAGAUCACAACCACACGCCACACAGACUCAAGGAAUUAUUUCUGGAUUGUUGAAAUUUGGAUCAACAGAGGACAUGUCGUCUGACAAGAAAGCCCAGGGAGGGGAUAGUCAGCCUCAACAAGGUGGGCUAUUUUCAGGCCUUUUUUCAUCACCCUCCCAGUCACCCCAAACUCAGAAUUCUUCCGCACAACAGUCAGGAGGAUUGUUGUCUGGAUUUUUAAAAUUUGCAUCUGAUAACGUUUCUGCUCCUACAAAUCAGUCACUGUCAACAUUGCCAGGAGGCCAAUCUGGCCAAAUUCCAACUAAAAUGCAAGGACAACCUGCUGCUGCACAACCUUCAACUGGAGGACUCUUUUCUGGGCUUUUGAAAAAAGCUACAGACACAGUGACAGGGUCACAACCAACUCAGUCCGAGUCACAAGCCGAUGCAGCUGACCAUACAGCCAAAAUAGAAGUACCAGAAGAAAACAUGAGUCAAAAGACUAUUCCUCUUAUUCAGUCAGCAGAACAUUUGUCGGCAUUGCGUUCAACAGAAGCACAUCCCCCAGACCAGCAACUAAAUCAUCCUAUAGUCUCAGAUCAACAACCAAACCAACAGCAACAGCCUAACCAAACAACAGAAAAACUACCUCCAAAAGCAACAGCAACAAUGCCUCAAACUAGUGGAUUGUUUGGGAGUUUGUUGAAACUUACAGAAACUGCUUCACAGCCACCAAAAGGGCCUUCGGCUUCACAAUCUACACAACCUAAUCAGCAAUCAGGUAGCAUGUUGUCAGGACUUUUUAACAAGAUUGCGGAACCUGAUCCUACUCAAUCUCAAAUACAAUCAGAGUCUGGUGCUCAAGAAACUAACCAAAAACCAGUCCAGCAAGCAUCUGCUCAACAAGGAGGCUUCUUCUCUGGUCUUUUUGGAAUUGGGGGCCAAGACUCUGCUCCUGCAAACCCAGGCCAGAUCUCACAAAACCAGAAACAAAGUGGCCAUUCUGGGCACCAACUAAAUCACCAACCGGGCAGUAGACAAAACCCACAACCGCAAAACCAAGCCCCUACACAACAGCCCACCAGUAUUCCCGGAGGGAUGCUUACUGGAUUAUUAAACAAAAUUACAGAUGCAGGCACCCCAAAGUCUACAGAGGGGAGUCAGCCAGAGCAGCAACAGGCACAAAGAGCCGGCCCUAAGAUGACCCAGCAACCACCUAAUCAACAGGUAGGCUUCUUCUCUGGGCUAUUAUCAGCAGGUCCUACUGCUCUGGCACAGCAUCAGCCACCUGUUGGUCAUGACAACCAGCAGCAAACCCAACAAGGUAACAGACAGCCUCUGCGGAGGCAAAAUCAGAUACGUCCACCAGCGGCUGCCUCUGCCCCAGAGCCACAGCAGGGUGGACUAUUGUCAGGGCUUUUUAAUAAGUUGGCAUCUACAGAUAAUGCACCACAACAGCCAACACCACAGAAUGUGUCUCAACAGGGAAAUAAAUCAAACAUUGUUCGACCUGCUCAAUCUUCAGGUCAACAAUCGUCUCAAGCCAGUCAGCAAGGCGGAUUCUUGUCUGGUCUGUUUGGUCAGACAUCACCUCAACAGCUGCAACAGCCUAGCAAAAGUGCAACUCCUCAACAUAUAGCAACUCAACAGCCUAGUCAAAGUGGAGGCUUGCUUUCUGGAAUUCUGAAACUUGCAUCUGGUGAAAAUGUACCACAGGAACAACAGUUACCUCAACCUGCUCAGGCAGGUCAACCAUCUGUUAAAUCAGGACAAAAUCCAGCCCAGUCUGAAUCAGGAGGAUUAUUUUCUGGCCUGAUGAAUACAAUUUCAGGUACUGUGGAACAGUCAUCAUCACCACUUGAUCAGGUGAACCCUCAAACAACACAGCAACAACAUCAGCCACGUGCAGGACAGGGGCGGCCACAAAUUCAGAGAACCAAACCAGUAGAGAUGCAUUUGCCUCAAGAUGUGGCCACAGAUAAGGAUUUAAAAGGUCCAGCUCAAAAAGGUUUCCUCGCAGGCCUUUUUAGUGUUACAGAGGAGCCAUCGUCAAAGACACAGCAGCCAUCAACCCCUCAGCUUGGGAAGAAGGAACCAAAAACCAGCACAAAUAGCACGUCUCCUGGUUUGUUAUCCAGCAUUUUCAAAACAGGCCACAGUGACAAUAGCUCUUCUGCUCCUGAAAAGGAAACUGAACAAGGCCUUCCUCAUCAUUUACUACCAAAGAGUAAGGAGGAAAUCCCUUUAAGUACAGCAACACUCACAACUGCUGUUGUUACAGCUACUCAGGUUGGUGAUAUCUGUAACGAACCUCUGCCAUAUCAGGUUUGGCAAGAUCCUACAAUUUCCCCAACACAAUCUUAUCUUGAGGAAAUUCAGCGUCUUUUGUAUGGGACAGCCCAUGAAUAUGGUUAUAAGGAUCUUUUAUUCAACUUUACAGAGCAGGGUGUUAUCCCACCAGAGCUCUAUGAGUAUCAGUGUCUCAUAGAAGCUCUUCUGUGGCAGCAACUGAAUGAUUAUGCCCUUGCUGAAGCCCUUGCCACUCAAGGUCAGGAAUGCUCACAAACAUGCCUAGGAAAUAUACCAUCAACUGCUAGAGCACCUCAAUUGGAGAAUCACAUUAGGUUAAAUCCUAUGGAAAUGGACAUCAGUGGCUUCAAUGUACCCUCACAUCCCUGGAGGGAUGCUGCUGGCCAGCUUUAUGAGAGCAGAAAUCGUUUUCUUGAGCCAGAUGAAGAUAUUGUUUUGUUUGACAUGAGUUGCAGAGACAAGAAACCCUGGAGUAGCUGUGACCAUUUAAACAAUCUUGAUUCAAAAAGAAAACCUUGGAUUUUUGAAAGCAGUGCUCUGAAUCUGUGCAUGGAAAAAACAAAAACACGGUUUAAUAGAUGUCAUUCGCUUACAGAAUGUAGCGCACAGGAAAUCUGCAAAGUAGUGGAAAAAAGUGGUGUUAGUAGUGGCAUGAAAGAUGAAGACUUUGGUUUGAAAUCAGCAACUGAGUUUUUAAAACAACUUGCCAAAAAAAAGGGUCCAAUGAAUUUAACACGUGCUGCUGUGGAUUUAAGCAAGUCUGCAAGAACUACAGGGGAUGCAGAUGAUGAAACGCUCUUUGAGGAUUCUGAGUGGUAUCAACAGUGGCUUUCACUAUUGGAGCAAGGGUUGUGGUGGCCAGCUGAGGCUGGGGACUGCGGAUAUUAUGUUUAUACAGAUGAGGAAUACAUUUAUUCCCUCUUAACUGACAGAGCUGGUGGACACCUCUAUGCCUGUGCUGAUCCAGAGGAUUUACAAGCUCUUGGAAAUAUCACUGAAAAUUGUGCUAACAUUAUGAAACAAAAACAAAAUGACAAAGUAACUCUUUGUGGUUUUAAAAUCCCCCUUUGUGCUGAAAAUAAUGGUGUAGAAGAUAAUGGUUUCUUGAUUCCAGGCCAGCAGCAAAAUGAAUUAGUGUUUUCAGAUGCACCCAUAGAUCUAACUUACGCCCUUAGAAAAGGUGAAAAAAUAAUGAACAUGAAUUUGGAAAGUUUCUCUCAAAUGUUUCAAGAAUCUAUAACUUCUCAAGCAGAUCAGCCUGUAGACUUUAGUGUGUACAAGCUUAAAAAGAUUAAGGUGGAAUCGGUACAAAAUGGCAAUAGCUGUCAAGAGGAGCCAAUGGAGGCAGCUGAUCUAACUUUUAAGUCACCAAAAGGGGGGCAUGGAGGGCCAUACUGGAAAAAACAGGGAUUAAAAGAUGUGCUUACACUGUCAACUAUAUCUUCUUCAAGGUGCUUUUCUACACAAAUCUCUCCAAACACCCGUUACCCAAUUCCUGAAAUAAGGAUUGCACAAGUCGGUGAUACACCUGCAGAUCAACUAAACAGGUCAAGCUCCAUAUUUUUAGCUAAUGGAGGAAUGACUGGAAUGUCUCCCAACACUGAUGCAAGUAAAGCUGAUUCAACACCUGCUACCUCACCAUCAGUGUCUAGCAAGAUUUCAAGCAUUUCCAAACAUCUUCCUGAGACCCCAUCAGCUUCAAAAAUACCAGGAAGUUUACAGUUGGGAAGGAAAUUGCCUACACCACCAACUGUUACUAAAUCCUCUUCAGCUCCUUUAGCACAGGCAACUUCUGUUAGAAGUUUAACCACUACAUCUAGCACAACUGUGGCUGUGCCUUCAAUUUCCCCACAGAGACCCCAGCUUGCAAGGCAGCCAUCUCAGGUAGACAAACCCAGAGUAUUAUCACAAGCAAAUAAGACUACAGUCACAGGGAUGGGUGACUUUAGCAAAGUAAGCAGUAAUUUAACAGUGGACCAAACAUACUCCCUGUCCUCAAAGCAGCCACGAGAGUCAUCUCAGAAAUGUACACCUCAGUUACAUAUACUGAAUGACAGCUCAAUUAAUGAAGCCCACCUUUACAAAAAGAAUAAUAACUGUGGCACUCUUUCUGAACCUCAAAUAGCCAAUAAAGUCCUAGAUUUCUCUGCCACAAUUAAUAAAAAAGACAAUAUCAAAACAAAAGACUUAACAGAUGCCAAGCUAGAAUCUACACAAAAAGAUAAAGUGGUUGACUUUACAAAGUACAAGUUGAAAAGAUUUAAAGAAACAAAUCAGAUAGAUACUAAUGCAAGUAUGUACUUGACUGACAAGACCAUUGCUGUAGAUCUUACUAAACAGAUUGAGGAAGAAGAAAUUGAAUGGCCUGAUUUAGAAUAUCCCACUCUGGACACUUUACAGCAAAGUCCAAGUGUUCCAACAGUUUCUCAGACCAACUAUAUGACAGUUGGUCAACAAAGCAAUUUGGAGAGAAGAUUGUCCAGUCCAAAGGUUAGAGUUGACCAUACCUUUUUUACAAUGCCUCUCCAAAGACCACUAGCCUCCCACAGUACCUCUAUGAGUGGGUCAAACCAAACUGAUGUUACAGCCUCCGGCAAUGUUGCAUCAGACAUUUCAUCCAAACCUACUUUUACAUCGUCUGAUGAAUUACCAAAGAGUUCUGACUCUAAGGUAAAGUUAUUAACAACAAGAAGCUCUUCCAUUACUCAUAUUUCCAGUAAAGCAUCUAGCUUUGAUGGAGGUCUGAAAAACCCUGAAAAAAUUGGAUCACUGCAACCUGUAUGUACUACACCAUUGGUCAGCCCGGUUAUGACAAAACAAGUGGACCGUCAAGGUCAGCAACUAAAUUCUUCAUUCAAUGUGCAUCUAAAUAUGCAGCAAAGCCCACCAAUUGUUACAACUCAGUUUAGACAGGAAAUCCCUGUUGAUACUAAGAUAACAAUUUUAACACCUCCCUCUUGUCAGUCUAGUGGAAUGGUUCGGCAAUAUCAAGAGACCACAGCACCAGCAAACUCAAUUACAGCAACAUUAGAUAUGUCUGCCAAGACAACAACCCAGCAGGUUGCGCAAACUGUUGUGGACCCUGUCUGUGAGGCACUGUCAUUGACAAAGAGAAAAACUUUAAUUUCCAAGGAGACAGAAACAAGUUCUAGUCAUCAUGAAUCCAUUGACUUGUCAUAUAGAGGGGACUCAACAGAGCAUCAGGGACAAAUAACAGAGGAUAUUCAUUCCCUACCUGUUGAGGAAUCUCAUUCUCAUACAAUUACAGGCAAUCAGGUAAAAUUCUCUGUUAGAAAAAAUGAGAUUCCCUCUGGUAGUAGGACAUUGUUACCAAGACAGCAAUGUCUUUUAGGUCAAUCUUCUGAAUCCCUUGAAAUGUAUAAACCAGCUCAACAAGCCACAGCCCCACCUAACACAGUUAAGGCCACACUAGACAUGACUUCUAAAUCUUCUGUCAAAUUGAAGGUGAUUCAGGAAGUAAGAAGAGACCACAUUCUUACUGAAGCUAUACCACUAACACGAGGCAAGCCAAGUGCCCGUGAACUUGCACGAAAAGAUUCCGUUGGUGUACCACUAGUUGUAGAUAUCUCUUCUGAAGAACCUCUUGGUGAAGUUAAGAUCAGCUCGCCUGCAAGUGCACAGCAGGAGUUUGAGAAUAAGAAUCAAUGCCACUCAGAUUAUAUUCUAUAUCAACAACAGUAUUGGCAGAGUAGACCUGGUGUCUUUGAACAGUCAAAUCACUCAACAUUACAGUUGUCAGCCACUGUUCAAACACAUCAGACAUCCACUUCAACAAAACCAAGACAGCAGUCUCUUUUAGGUCAGUCUUCUGAGUCCCUUGAAAUGUGUAAACCACCUCAGCAAGCCACAGCCCCACCUAAUACAGUUAAGGCAACACUAGACAUGACUUCUAAAUCGUCUGUCAAAUUGAAGAAGGCGAUUCCGGAAGUAAGAAAAGAUGACAUUCUUACUGAAGCUCUCCCACUAAAAAGAGGCAAGCCAAGUGCCCGUGAACUUGCACAAAAAGAUUCCGUUGGUGUAUCACUAGUUGUAGAUAUCCCUUCUGAAGAACCUCUUGGUGAAAUUAAGAUCAGGUCCCUUGCAAGUGCACAGCAAGAGUCUGAGACUAAGACUCAGUGCCACUCAGAUUCUAUUCUAUAUCAACAACAGUAUUGGCAGAGCCAACCUGGUGUCUUUGAACAAUCAAAUCACUCAACUUUACAGUCGUCAGCCACUGUUCAAACACAUCAGACAUCCACUUCAACAAAACCUGUCUCAGAUACAGCACUGGAUAUGUCGCCCAAGCCAUCCCAAGCCACACUGGAAACAACAAUGCCAGAAUAUGAGUCAACUCAAAAUGAAGCAAUUCCACUUGUUAAUAAGCCAAGUGCAAGAGACAUUGCCAGAAAUGAUUCAGAUAGUAUUUCCCUGGUAGUUGAAUCCACCCCACUGAAAUCAAAAUGCCCAAUUGUCCCUGUUCUGCAUCAACCACAUUCAAGCUGUAUGACAGUGCAGCGCUCCAGUGUAACUGAGACUAAUGGUGUGUCACAGUCCAUUAUCCAACCUUAUCCACUCUCUACAGCACCAGCAAACUCGGUUAAAGGCACAUUAAAUAUGUCAACAAAGGCAUGUAUAUCAGACAUAGCUCUGAACUAUUCAGAACCAGUAUCACUGGUAAGGACAAGGCCAUCAGGCUUAGCAUAUUCUCAAAGUGAUUCUUUUGGUGUUCCACUAAUUGUGGAAACACAACCCUUCCAAGAGCAAUCUAAAAGGCAAAACACAUGGGUUGGAUCACAAGAACAGAUGCAACAGGGAUUUGCGCACAGUAUAUGUCGAGAAAUAGAUCAAAAAGCAUCAUCACCUGCCAACUCCAUCAAAAGCUUCCUAGAUAUGUCUUCAAAAUCACAGCAGAAACAAUCUGAAAAAGCUCCCGAUACCUGCUCAACUGGAGCUCUGUCAUGUGUCAGAAACACAACAACUAUAACAAGGAAUGGUUCUGUUGGUGUACCACUCAUAGUGGAGCAGUCUGAACAUCAACAAGUGAUUCAUGCGUUGAGUGGAGUCAACACCAAUGAGACGCUGCAAAGACAGAUAUAUACCUACCACAGUAAUGAGGUCUUUUCUGGUUCAAUGACCACCAACAAGGAAACACACCAACAAAAUAAGCCAGUGAACUUCUCUGCAAAAGAUAGCCUAAAUACAACUAACAUUUCAAGUAAUCACACUGAACCAGAGGAUGGACAGCCAAUGAACUUCACUAAUAGCAAUGGAAAGAAAGAAAUGUUUGAAAGAAGGCAGACUGGAAGACAAUUAAAAAAGAAAACAAUGCUGGGUAUUGUUGACCUAAGUGUGGAUCAAACCACAAAUAUUGGUCUUCAAGAUGUGAAGGAUCUUUCUUUUCCUUAUGAGUCUUCUCUCUCUCAGAGUAGUGUUUACGAUGAGCAGCAAGACAAACCACCAACUUCUAAGGAGGUCAGAAAAGAUACAUCAAUUUGUCAAACUCAGAAGUCAAUACAACAUAUGGAAUAUUCCACUGAUGAACAUGCCACCACCCAACCUGAAAUACAUUGCAGAAGGCAGUCGGUAAUAGAAUCAAACUCUGCCCCAAUGAACCGUUCCUCUUUGAUGACUAUUCAAAGGAAGAUGCAGCCUCAUAAGAAUGUUGCUCCCCAGGCUACGCAAGACUAUGCAUCAGCUACAUUCUCACUAAACAGUCCAUAUCAGCAAUAUAAAUCCAAGAAGCCUGAUCAAUUACCUUCAAACAUAUCUCAGCUGCAAACGCAACAUCCAGUCCCACAACAGGAAUACCAACAAUCUGGUGUUGAAAUUGGUUGGACUUCAUCCAUUGCUAGAUCUCUUCCAAAAUCUCCAAAGUUGCAAAGACAAGAUACUGUUCAGCAUGACAUGACCUUUAGGCCCAAAAUUCUUAUCAAGCAGCCAACUGUGGACAGCUAUGGGAGCAUUGAGGAAAGCCCAUCAUAUAGUGGAACAAUGACAAAUAAUGGACAGGCAUUGCCUCCUUUGUCCACCUCGCAACUGUACUGUGCAUCCCAAACUGUUCCUACCCCACAGUGUUUGCCUGCUUCAAUUAUUCAGAAAGCAAAUGAUGAACACAAAACUGUUUCUUCUUUACAGUCUUUUGAUGUACAGCCAAUGCAGAGCAGUGCAACUACAGAUUAUUAUGCAAAUGAACCUCUUCAACUCUCAAGAAAACCGGAUCCAAGCCAAUGCCAUAUCACUGUUCCGCAAUAUCAGACACCAACUGUACUCACAAGUACUGGUGCUCCAAUUAAACAUGUAUCGGAGGUUAGUGUGCUUAUAUCCCCACCACCCACUAAACAUGGCCCAAUGCCUGUAAAACAAGUAAAGAGUAGUCAUCUAAACCAGGGCUUUGGAGCUGAAAUGCAAGGACCAGAGGUAUCUUCAACACCAGCAGAAUCCACCCCUCUUAGGGGUUUGAUUUCCUUUUAUAGUGGUUUAGGUUCACAACCCUCUGGCAGUACAAAACCAAUUUCUGUUAUGCCCGACACUCAUAUUGGCUCUAUACCUCUGGAUUACAGAAUGCAAGUUACUCCAACACAGGCUCCUGCUCUCAGCCAUGUUGCAGUUACUUCUGAUAAUAAAACUUUAUCUGAAUUGAGUGCACCUCCCUCAAGUUCUCUACCUUGUACACAAGUAUUUGUUAACCAAAAUGAAGAUUACAAUGUGUCAAACAGGAAAAGCCUUCUUGAAUCUUCAACAGUACAAACCAAAUCCUUCACUGAAUCUAGCCAACUAACAGGAGGUGAACUAUCUGCGUCCUUACCCUCUGAAAUGCCUAAAGCGAAUACCAAAGGGGUCAUCACAGAUGACAUAGCUUUAUCUGAAUCAGGCAUGUCACAGCAGCAAAGUUCAGAAGAAAUUAAACAAACUAUAUCAUCAGAAUCUGACAAUGUCAACAUUGGAUAUAGUGGCGUCGCUACUGUGUCUAACAUUUCACAGGAGAAAAUUACCCAUCCACGGUCAAUCUACAUUGGCAUUAACUACUCAAAAGUACCUUCUGUUGUUACAGAAAUUGAACCAGGUGAGCCAAAGCCUUAUGUUAGACUACCCCAUAUUUUUGUCUCAGCAGCAAGUUCACCAGAAGACGAGACAAUUGAACAGGAGGUCAUUGAACGUAGCAAGCCUCAACUGCCAGAAGUGAGUGCUUCUGAAGACAAUACCCUUAUUGCAGUAACAAUACCAGCCUGUAAGGAUUCUUCACCUGCUGAUAUUGUUUCACAGUCUGAUAUACCUGAGGAUACACUGACUAGAUCAGAUUUUAGCUGUGGAGAUGAACAUGACUCACAGCACAUCCUGUCCAAGAAAAGCUCAACCGUAGAAGCUACCAUCUCAGAAGCUGAAGUGAAAGCAGAAACCACUGAGGCUUUUGAGUCACCACUUGAGUCUUCCAAGGAUGUAAAAUCAAUAGCUCCAGACAUAACACCACUUGAAGUAGUUAAACCUCUAGAAAACACAGUAUUAGUGCCAGCACCACCAGAAGGCACUGGAAGUCUUGAAGAGUUAGCACAGGGGGACAAAAGUACCACAUCUGAAGUUGUGUUGACUAAAGAAGUUCAGUCUCUUGAUAAAUUGUCACUAAAAGAAGUAGCUCCAGAAAUAAAAUCACUCGAAGUGGUUAAACCUCUAGAAAACACAAUAUUAGUGCCAGCACCACCAGAAGGCACUGGAACUCUUGAAGAGUUAGCACAGAAGGACAAAAGUACACCAUCUGAUGUUGUAUUGUCUAAAGAAGUUCAGUCUCUUGAUAACUUGUCACUAAAAGAAGUACCUUCUGCCUCAGACGCAAACUCCCCUGAAGGUGUUCAACAGCUUCAUGACAAAACGGAAGGGGACAUCACCUUAUCUACCCCUAAGCCUAGUCCUGUCAAAUCUUGCAUAGAAGAAAUGACCUCUAAGGAGGAUAGUUUAGCUGACAAGGUUGAUCAGCCUGAGGAAGAACAACCUAAUGAGCAACCAGGAAAAGGCUUAUUUUCUAUGUUUAGUGGCUCGACUGCAACCCCUCAGCAGAUGUCCUCCCAAACUGGGUUAUCAAUACUUGGUGGCAUUCUUCCUGGGUCAUCUACAAAAGACACUCCUGGCACAGGGUUGCUCUCAAUGUUUGGUGGGUCAAAUGCCCCAUCUACACCUGGAACCAAAGACCCACCACUACCUUCAGCCGCACAAGACACCCAGGGAAAAGGAUUAUUCUCUUUGUUUAGUGGAUCCAGUAGUCAGCCACCAUCUGGCCCAAGAGGUCCAACUGGUGUAAGUGUGCCACCCAGAGGUCCUCCCCCCAAAGAACCUCCAAGCAAAGGCUUGUUUUCCAUGUUUGGUGCAUCUGCACCUCAUCAACCACCAAGUCCCAGAGGUCAUCAUGGGUAUAAUGCCACACCCAGAGGACCUUCCACUGGAUCUUCUAUAUUUGGUGGCAUCCUCCCAGGUGCUACUACAAAUAAAGAAACUCCUGGUGCAGGUUUGUUUUCCAAGUUUGGAGGUCUAAGUGCCCAGCCCCAAACUGGACCAAAAAUACCCACACCGGGACCAACAGUUACACCACCAGGACUCAAAGGUUCAGAGCCUUCUGGAAAAGGACUAUUCUCUAUGUUUGGUGGACAAAACCAGCAAACAUCAGAAGCACAUCCAACAGCUUCUAAACCCCUAGAAUCUGAGAGUAGUUUCAAAGUUUCCUCUGUAAUUUCACUUGGCGAGAGUUCUGAAGGUAACAAAUCUAAAACUGGGUUUGGCCUUUUUGGAAUGUCUUUCAUGGAGGAAACCAAGACAGAGCCAAAAACAAUAAUGAAGGGGGAGAUUGCUUCUGAACAAGUGAAACCCCCAGACACAAAAGAUGUUUCAAAAGAAGGAAAGGGUCUCCUUGUUGAGGCCAUGGAAAAUGUACCUUCUGAGUCUCUUUCUACAUCUUUAGUUAAGGUUGAACUUCAAGUAGAGCAGGCAUGCCAAGAUUGUCAUGAUUCUACCUUGGAAAUUAAAAAAGAUACCACUGAAAAACCCUUUCCCCUAACAGAUCCACAUCUGGAGGGAGACAAAAUAGCCAUAAGGCAGCAAAACCUUUCUUGUGAGGAAAAUUCCUCAGUUGUUGAUGAAGCUUCUAUUACAGACACAACAAAUGUGACUGGUAAUAUACUAGAGAAAGAGACACUACAAACUGUAAAACUAGUAAGUGAAGAACAGUCAGACAUCCUAUAUGAAUGUAAAGAAAUGAAAGAUACAGCAGAUGCUGAGAAAGAAGUUGCUAAAUCAGAAACAGAUACUUUUGAAGUUAAGAGCACAUGUGAUGAAAGUGGCAGUCCAUUAGAAAUAACUGAGAAUCUGCAAAUGAAUAUGGAUUAUACUGACAAAAACACAAGCUCAGAUAUUGUUGGAGUGGAACAUGGGAACACAGAUGUUGAAAGAGGGAUAACAAUUCCAGAGAUAGAAAAACAAACUGAGGAGCUACUGAAAGUUGCUAGUGAAGAGCAAACAGCAGUUACAGAUGGGGAAAAAUCAAUCGAGGAGCCUUUGAAAUUAAACGAUGAAGAACAAACUGCAGUUGCAGUAGUGGAAAAAUUAACUAAGGAACCUUUGAAAGUUGUUGGGGAUGAACAAGCAGCUUUUGCAGAUGUGGAAAAAUCUAUUAAAGAGGCAACUGUAGCCGAUCCAGUGAUAGACGUUACAGACAAACUUACUGUAGAAUCUGUGGUGGGUGUAGUUACAACAGAGACUGCAGUAUCAGAACCAGAAAUAUCUAUUAAAGAAGACUUGAAAUCCAUGUCUGAUGAGACUGCAAAGGAACCAAGUGAAGCUUUAGAGCUUGCGGGAGCUAGUAAAGAACCUGCACAAGGAUUAGAGAAACCUGUUGAAACUAAUAAUUAUGUUGCAAUAGUCUUAUCAUCAGAUGUGGAAAAAACUGUCGGUACCAACUCACCAGAAAUGACACCUCAAGCUGUGGGGCCUUUGAAGGGUCCUUCAUUGGGACCUUCUAGUCCUCCACCACAGCAUCAGCCCAGGCCAGGCGUUGCCAGGCCACCUGGCCCACCAGGACAAAGAAUGGGAGCACCAAGGAUGGGAGGGCCACAGAUGGGAGGCCCAAGAAUGGCAGGACCGAGAAUGUCAGGACCAAGGCAGUCAGGACCACGGAAGCCCCCUGAACCAGCUCCCUUUUCUGGCUUUAUGUCUAUGUUUUCUACUCCAAAUACCCCAAUUAAAACACCAACUGUUGGUGGAUUUUUUUCAAGUUCACCUGGUUCAUUUUUUGGAUCAUCAACUGCUCCUAGUCAGCCACAACAACAACAACAACAACAACAACAGAAAAGCUCAUUUUUUGGACUUCCAAGUAGCAUUGCUACAGAAUCCCUUACUACUGACCUAUUUGGUAUGUUCAAAGGUCCUGAAACAACUAAAUCUGAGGAACAUCAACAGUCAGAUACAGAGUCUGGAAAAGAGGAUCCUUGUGCAAAAGUAACAAUCUCUGAAAGCACUAAAAAGACAGAGAAGACACCUUUAUUUGGAGAUGGACUUGUAAAAAGCCCAGAGGACUCUGAGGACCCUGAAAAAGGAUUAGUGGAGGAGGCAGAACGAACAGACAAAACAGAAGCAGAAGAAAGUUCUCUGACCGAAUCCACCAUGAAAACUGCUUUCCCUGAGAAAAAAGCAGGGGAUGAUGAGCAUGCAGACCAUAUAGAAGGGCCAGAUUCUGCAGUGUCUGAAAAAACAGUGCCUGACAAAGCAUUGCCUGACAAAGCUGCUUCUCCCCCAGCUCCUGAAAGCAAAGGAAUAUUUGAAAUACCCGGUCUGACUGCUCCUAAAUUUGGCUUUAUGUCUGCAGCUGCUGAAGGCACAUCAUCUAUUGGAUCCCUUUUCACCACCACUCCAUCUCCAGCCAUUGAUACAAAUACUCCACAUCCAAAACUGACAGAUGGUGGUCUCUUUUCUGGUUUUAAAAAUCUUUCAGCUGGUAUUUUCCAGGAUGAAAAGCCAACUGGAAAGGAAGAACCAUCUGCUUCAUCUGUGUUUGGCAUGAAACUUGGCUCAAUGUUUGGUAACUCUGACCCUCCCAAACCUGAAUCCACCGCUCCGGUGGUCACAGCCCAACCACAUUCCGAAAGUCCAAAACCUAUCGAUGAAUUUUGUGAGCCAGGGCCUGAGAAACUUUCCCAUGGUUCCGGAGAAAUCGAAAGUGCAGAUACCAGUGAUACAGAAGGACCAACAGAAACUUCAACAACAGGAAGCUGUGACACCUUAGCACAGUCACCACAGUCUGGCCUCCCCUCUCACUCAGAUUCCUUAGCAGAUUUGGAUGAACCCCUGUUAAAGGUCACCCCAUGUGAACUAGAUAAGAGUGACGUUGACACACCUGAAACCAUGCAUGCAGGUUUUGGCACAGAGCAACCAAAGGACCUGUUGACAAAGGAAGUCGCAAAAAGUCCACCGAACAGCAGUCGCUUUGAUUCAUCAGGCAACCUCAGCCCGGCUAGCUCCCAGCUCAGCUCUGAGCCUGAGGAGCGCCGAGAUCCAGAGACCCGCCACCCCAGUGCCCUGCGUCCCUUUCUCAGUAGCCAAAAGUCUACCUGGGAUGAGGAAGAAGAGGAGGAGGAAAAGGUUGAGAAAGAGCUGCGUCCACUACCAGAGCCUGGUUCCAAUAAAGAUUUGAAGGACUCUUCGGUCAUCCUGCCCAAACCAAUCUUGGACAACUGUGAUAACAAGACUAAGACUAAAAUCUGUUUCUUCGAAGAUGGCCCUCCACCGUGCUCUCCAUCCAAAGUCCGCUGGCUGAAAGCAUACAACAAAGUGAGAGUACAGCUCCUUGAGAGCCGAGAUCAAGAUGCUGAUCCCAGCAAGCACCCAUGGGCCAAGCCUGGGGGAAACACUCCAUUUGGUAUUGACAGCAUGCCAGACCUCCGCAAGAGGAGGCCCAUUCCACUUGUUAGUGAACUGGCUAUGUCUAUGAUACAGUCCAGGAAAGCUGGACUUGCCCACACACUGGCCACACGGACCUCCCUGAAAGACGAAGAGCUUAAAAACCAUGUGUACAAGAAGACCCUGCAGUCUCUGAUCUACCCAAUCUCCUGCACAACGCCACACAAUUUUGAGGUCUGGACGGCCACUACGCCCACCUACUGCUACGAGUGCGAGGGUCUGCUUUGGGGUAUCGCCCGGCAGGGUAUGCGUUGUGCGGAGUGCGGGGUCAAAGUGCACGAGAAAUGCCAAGAGCUGCUGAAUGCUGACUGCCUGCAGAGAGCGGCCGAGAAGAGCUCCAAGACCGGGGCGGAGGACCGAACGCAGCACAUCAUCAUGGCUAUGAAGGACAGGAUGAAGAUCCGCGAGAGGAACAAGCCUGAGAUCUUUGAGGAGAUCCGGAAGGUGUUCAACAUCACCAAGAUGAUCCACGUCCAGCACAUGAAAAGCAUCAAGCAAAGCGUCCUGGACGGCACCUCCAAGUGGUCUGCCAAGAUCACCAUCAACAUCGUUAGUGCACAGGGUCUCCAGGCCAAGGACAGAACAGGCUCUAGUGACCCGUAUGUCACCAUCCAAGUUGGAAAGACCAAGAAGAGAACAAAGACCAUCUACGGCAACCUGAACCCAGUCUGGGAGGAAAAGUUCAGUUUCGAGUGUCACAACUCGUCGGAUCGUAUAAAGCUGCGUGUUUGGGACGAAGACGAUGACAUUAAGUCUCGAGUGAAGCAACGUCUGAAGAGGGAAUCUGAUGACUUUUUGGGUCAGAGCAUCAUCGAGGUCCGAACUCUGAGCGGAGAGAUGGACGUCUGGUACAACCUGGAAAAGAGAACAGACAAGUCGGCGGUGUCUGGUGCCAUUCGUCUUCAGAUCAGUGUGGAGAUUGAAGGAGAGGAGAAGGUGGCACCCUACCACGUACAGUACACGUGCCUUCAUGAGAACAUGUUCCACUACUCAACCGAUGUAGAGGGAGGCGGCAUCGUCAAGAUCCCAGCUGCUCAGGGAGACGAUGCGUGGAAGGUUUACUUUGAUGAGGUGCAGCAGGACAUCGUGGACGAGUUCGCCAUGCGCUAUGGCAUCGAGUCCAUAUACCAGGCCAUGACUCACUUCUCUUGCCUGUCCUCUAAGUACAUGCUGUCAGGGGUGCCAGCAGUGAUGAGCACCCUGCUGGCCAACAUUAAUGCCUUCUAUGCCCACCCAAUCGCCUCCACCAACGUCUCUGCUCCGGCCAGAUUUGCAGCUUCCAACUUCGGGAGAGAUCGUUUUGUGAAGCUCCUCGAUCAGCUGCACAACUCCCUGCGUAUCGACCUCUCCAUGUACAGAAACAACUUUCCAGCCAGCAGCAAGGCUCGCCUCCAUGACCUCAAGUCAACAGUGGAUCUUCUCACCAGCAUCACCUUCUUCAGGAUGAAGGUCUUAGAGCUGCAGAGUCCUCCUAGGGCCGCCAAUGUGGUGCGAGACUGUGUCAAGGCCUGUCUAAACUCCACCUACGAGUACAUCUUCAACAACUGUCUGGAGCUUUUCAACCGCCAGUUUCAGCCCGCUGUCAAACCACCUGAGCCAGAGAAGAAAAAGAAAAAGAAGAAGGAAAAAGCAGAUGGAGAGGAAGAGGAAGAUGAUGAAGAGGAGGAGGAGGAAGAGGAGGAGGAGAAAGAGGAGAACCAGCAGGAGGAGCAGGGCCCGAGCAUCCAGAAUCUUGACUUUUGGCCUAAACUCAUCACGCUCAUCGUAUCCAUUAUUGAGGAGGACAAGAACUCCUACACACCCAUCAUUAACCAGUUUCCUCAGGAGCUCGAUGUGGGUAAAGUCAGCACUGAGGUCAUUUGGAGGCUGUUUGCUCAGGACAUGAAAUAUGCACUGGAGGAACAUGAGAAGCAUAGACUCUGUAAGACUGCUGACUACAUGAACUUGCACUUCAAGGUCAAGUGGCUUUACAACGAGUAUGUUAAGGACCUGCCCGCCUUUGCAGACACUGUGCCUGAAUACCCUUCGUGGUUCCUUCAGUUUGUCCUGGCCUGGCUGGCUGAGAAUGAGGAAGUGUCGAUGGAUUUCAUGCACGGGGCGCUGGAGAGAGACAAGAGAGAAGGGUUCCAGCAGACGUCUGAGCACGCUCUGUUCUCCAGCUCGGUGGUAGACAUCUUCACUCAGCUCAACCAGAGCUUUGAGAUCAUCAAGAAGCUGGACUGCCCUGACCCCACUGUGGUGGCCCAUUAUAACCGACGCUUCGCCAAGACGAUCACCAAAGUGCUGCUGCAGUACUGUGCCCUGCUGGCCAAGAGCUUUCCCUCCUACUGUGAGAAGGAGAAGAUACCCUGUGUACUGAUGAACAACAUUCAGCAGAUGAGGGUCCUGUUGGAGAAGAUGUUUGAGUCAAUGGGAGCAAAGCAGCUGGAUAUAGAGGCAGCUGACAUCCUCAAUGAGCUGCAGGUGAAGCUCAACACCUUCCUGGAUAACUUCAGCACCAUGUUUGCCAAGAGUUUCCAGACUCGUAUUAACGGCUGCAUGCGUCAGAUGGCUGAGAUCCUUUACCAGAUCAAAGGCCCGCCCAACCACAACACUGCAGAGGCAGAUGCUGACGCCGUGCUGAGGCCCCUCAUGGAGUUCCUGGAUGGGAACCUCAGUAUCUUUGCUGACAUCUGUGAGAAGACGGUGCUGAAGAGGAUCCUGAAGGAUCUGUGGAAGCUGGUCCUGAGCAGCUUGGAGAAGUCUAUCGUCCUGCCUCAGAGCAACGACAGCCUGGGUGCCCAGCUCCUCACAGCAGCAAAAGGACUGUCAAAUCUCAAGGGAGGUGGUGAAGCCAAGACCUUGACGCCCAAACAGUGUAUAAUUAUCGAUGCAGGGCUGGAGUCGAUCAAGCAAUACUUCCACGCAGGAGGAAACGGGCUGAAGAAGGCAUUUGUCGAGAAAAGUCCUGAACUGGCUUCACUGCGUUACGCCCUCUCCCUCUACUCCCAGAGCACCGAUGCUCUCAUCAAGACCUUUGUCACCACACAACAUACCCAAGUGCAUGAUGGGAUGGGCAUCAGAAUAACUGGCAAUGAGAAGAUUCGACCUGAUAGGGGCUCUGGGAUAGAGAAGCCCAUCGGAGAGGCCAUUCUGCAGAUCGACAUGAUGCUCGGGAAGGAACGCAAAGUUGUUGUCAAAGUCAUCGCAGUUAAUGACAUUAAAUGGCAGACAUCAGGGAUGUUCCGGCCUUUCGUGGACGUCUCCAUGGUUGGUCCCUUCCUGGCCGACAAGAAGCGCAAGUUCACCACAAAAUCCAAGAACAACAGCUGGUCGCCAAAGUUCAACGAGGCUUUCCAGUUUGUCCUGGGGAAGGAAUCCCCAGACUGCUACGAGCUCCAGGCGACAGUAAAGGAUUACUGUUUUGGUCGGGCGGACCGGGUGGUCGGCAUGGCCGUGGUUCAGCUGCGUGACGUCGCUGACCGCAAGAGCUGCGUGUGCUGGUGUCCGCUGGGGCCACGCAUGCAGACCGACGAGACGGGCUUGACGGUGUUGCGGAUCCUGUCCCAACGGCCUGCCGACGAGGUGGCCAAGGAGUUCGUCAAGCUGAAAUCUGAAAUUCGUCCUGCGGAGGAGGGCAGAUGAGCAGAGACACUGACUCAAGAUCAUCACUUGUUGGAAUAAGUGAAACUGACAUGGAUCACGGUCAUGGUUUAGAGUCAGGGCUACGUGGCGUUGUCUGUUGUUAAUGAGCACUGUCAUCUUCAUCCUCAGUAAACACAGACUGCUAAGGCACCCUAACGCGAAGGAGAUUCUUUCAAAGACACAGUAGACACAAGCAAGUUGACUGGUUGUCACGUUUAGAAAAGAAACUUGUUUAAUUCAACGGGCACAUUUUGAAAGCAAAUGCUUUCUAAAAAUGUUGAAAAAGAAAAAACAUACUAGGCAACUCAACAUAUCAUAACUAUCAAGUGACAUAUGGAUUUAAAUCACCAUCUCAGAGGUCAAAAAUUGUUUUACUUCACUGGAGAAAAACUACUGACAUUUUCUUACAUCUUAUGAUUCUGAUGACGGACUAUUUUGGUCGUCUGUAGCAAACAGAAUCUGUAAUCUGUUGGUCAUCACAGCUGCUAAUCCACAUCUUUUUUUACCAAACAUAGAUUCACUGGAAUGUAUGGACUUGAGUCUCUGUUUACAUGACAGUAUGAAAAGACGUGAAUAAGGCACUGAAUUAAUGAUGAUAAAUACCUAUGGCAUGAGUUGGAGGAAGUAAUCUUAGAUUAUUGUACUGUUUGAGCCUGUGAGGCCUUUCGAACUUUAAGAAAUAUCUUGUGACAUCGGAACCACUGUCGACUAUAGUAUCCCAACACUGUUUUACCAAAAUAAAUGGUAAUUUGAGUCAAAAAACACGUUAAAAUGAACCAAUGUCAUACUUAUCAUGACCUCUAAUUUGUAUGAAACAUUUAGGCCGGUAUACCAAUUACCAAUGGAACUUCAGCAAAAAGAGCGACAUUAAAACAUCUUAUGGUCCAAAGUGCAACGCAUAUCAUGGGUCACAGCCUUUGAUUCACAGCAAUGACACCUGAGACCCUGAUGCAUCUUUGGAAGUAGUCAGACUAUGUCACUCCAGAAAGUGAAUAAAAUGGCAGUGUUUCUGCAGAGUUUAUGCAGUAAUAUACUGUAGGACAGGUACAUUCUGUCAAAACAAGAAGAUGAUUAUGUGUUGCCCAAUAGUGAUGAAUGUCUGGUAAUAUUUGUUCCAGACUCAAUAUCUAAAACCUUAAAAAUAAAGAAAGAUGACACACUCCUUAUGAAUUGUGUAGCCUUAAAUAAAACAAAAUUAAAAAAGCUGGCUAGCUAAGUCACCGACUUAAAACAUGAAUGAGUUCUACAACAUUGACUUGUAAAGUAAAAAGGGAUAGAUUUAUUUAUUAUUUAUUUAUGUAUUUAUUUAUUUAUUUUUCAGAAGCAAAGAACUAAGGGUAUAACAGUCCAGUUUAACGGAUCUGACUGACCUCGGACAAAGUGCAGCUUCUCUGGACGGAGCAGAAAUGAAGCUCUUCCGUUUUGCCAAGUGUUUAACUGUGACUGUGAACACUGUCAACCUGCUCUGAAUGAGAACAAUCUAAAAGUUUACAACCUGUUUUCAGGGGUUAAAUAGUGUGAACACCUUUAUGGCGGACCAGCAGUGGACCUUUAAGAUUUUUACAGUUUUAAAUUGGAUGAGAACAAAAGUCUUUCAGAUGCCACAGCCUUGCCAUGCAUGCCCAGUCACGCAAUGUACCAAUCAUAUGUUUAUGAACAACUGAUUGGUGUCUUUGCAUUAGGCACACUACAAACGUGGACCUGGAUGAGAAAAAAAAAACAAUGCAGACAGGUUGUUAUUGACUUAUGUGUAACUGGGUUUGAUCCACACUCUUGUAUGUUUACUAUGUGCCAAGGAACGCAAGUGUUCAGCGAGCCAUGUUCAAAUAGCUCUCUUUUCGGGGGUUGUUUGCGGACAGAUGUGGCCAUUGUAGAUGUCCAAAUUCUUACCGCACGUUUGCUGAAAGUGGAUACACUUCGGCUACAAACUGAACAGGAUCUGUUUUGGAUAAUUUAAAUAAGAAAUUCUGGAAACUAGUUUAGAGUUUUGUCUUUGAUUAUGCUUUAUUAAACUGAGAAUAUGCUUGUCCCCAGUAGGUUACACUGUAUUUUACAAUGGCCACAGCUGUAGUGACAACUGAAUGCUUGCACUGUGUUUAAAACUAUGUACGUUUGUAAAAAUAAAUAAAAAUAAGCCUACGAGCAUAGCAUGUAUUUAUUGUACACAAAGUCAACUAGAAUUGUGAUCUUUUUCAUGUAUGUAUACUGUGAAAUAUAAAGAUUGAUCAAAUGUAUGUCAAGUAGUCUCAUUCUAAUGUGACAUAUCUUGAAUCUGCUUGUAACUAUAUUUUGUACAUAUAAUAUUUAUGAAUCAA